AUGCAUUUCACAGCUGCUUCCUUGGCUCUUUUGGCCGGAGUUGCUGCCGCUUCUCCUCAACCAGGUCACUACCACCCAAAGCGUAUUAACAACGGUACCGUCUCUGCCACCACCGCUACUGAUAACGGACAAACCACUUUGACCGUUUUCGCUACCACCGUCCGAACCAUCACUUCAUGCGCUGCUUCCAUUACCAACUGCCCAGCUCGUGCCACCUCCAGCGCUGAGGGAGCUUCCACCACCCCAGAAGUCAUCGUCGUUACCGAUACCGUUACCUUGGCCACCACCGUUUGCCCAGUCGCUGAGGCCGAAUCUGCUAGCUCCGUCAUCACUAGCAAGCACUUGACAUCUGCUCUUGCAUCCCUCUCAUCUGCCAUUGCCAGUGCUGCAAGUGAAAGCUCUUUCUACGGUGCUACCACCACCUCUGCUAUCCCAGCUGCUUCCAGCGGAGUUGUUGGUGCUACUAGCCCAAUUGCUUCAAGUGCUAUCGCAUCCUCAACCGCUCUCGGUGUUAAGACUAGCCCAGCUUCCUCCCUAGCUGUUUCCUCUCUCCCAGCCGCCGCUGUCUCCAGCGCUCUCGGUGUUGAGUCCAGCUCAGCUUCCUCCGGUGUGGCCGCACUAACUGGAUCUUCCCCAUCCUCGGUUGUUGUUCCUCUCGGAACUGGCGUCGUUUCCGCCGUCCAAACCGUUACUGGUAACCCUAGCCACACCUUGACCUACACUCUUGGCUCUGGUUCUUCCACCACCGUUGUCACCACCACCAUCAUUGAGACCUCCGCCUCUACCAUCUACGCCACUGUUACCCCAACUCAAACCGUUGCUACUUCCUCUGGUGCCGGAUCCCCAGCUGGUUCCGCCGCUGUUUCUUCCGAGGCUGGUGAAUCUACCACCUCCCAAACCACCACUGUUUACGGUACCUCCACCUCUACCCACUACGUCACCGUUUCAGCUGUUUCCUCCGGACCUGCUGCUACUACUGGUCUCGCUGGUGUUACCGCUAUUGCCUCGGGUGCUGGAUCUGCUUCCCCAUCCGCCACCGCUGGUGCUUCCUCUGGAGAGUCCACUGGUACUGGAUCUGGAUCUUCAGGUUCUGGAUCAUCUGGAUCUGAGACCUGUGCUUGUGCCGAGGCCUCUACCGUAACUGUCACUGCUACCGUUGCUGCUCAAACCGUCACCGUUACCGCCGCUGCCGCUGGAUCUGAUGCCACUGGUGCCCUCUCAGGUAUCCAAACCGCUAUCGUCUCCACCAACUCUGCCGCUGCUACCACUGACGCUUCCGUCGUUGUUAGCACUGCUACCGUUGUCCCAAUCCCAGCUACCACUGCCGAUGUCACUUCUAUCCCAUUCUACGGUAACGGAACUGCUGUUACUUCCACCAAGAAGUCCAAGUGUGCAUCUUCUGGUUUCUUGACCAGCAAGGCUAAGCCAACUGGUGCCAAGCCAACUGGUUACUAA